GCGGCGGCUGCUGGGGCUCGGCCCUGGUGGUGAAUGGAGUGAUAGCGGCGGCAGGAAGGAGAAGGAGGCCGGAGGAGGCGGAGCUCGCGUCUUUUUGCGCGGAGUCAGGCUUUCGUUGCCGGCAGUGGUGGAGGAAGACGACCUCGGCGGCUCGCCUCGGGGGCUUCGGUCGGGGUCGGGAGGGUCAAAGACUGGCCGGGGGGGAGGCUGGAGGAAAAAGAUGCUGCUCUUCAUGGAGGGGAUGGUACUAAAACUACUCCUUGAUGCUAGAGAGACUCCAGAAGGCUAGACUCUGGAAAUUCAACUUCCUUAUUCUCUGGCUUGUGCUUCUCUGUGGCAAGAUGCAGGUAACCUCGAAAGGUGCCAGCUUAAAUCCUAAUGCAAAGGUAUGGCAAGAAAGCAUGCAGGGAAACCCAGAAGCUGCAGCAGUAACUAACGGCACUGAGCAAUCAUGGCAAGAGGCAGCAGCUGUGCAGGGUAAUUGUACAGAAGGCAAUACUGAGGCUGCAGAGGAUUGUACUAAACAAUAUGAAGCAAUGUAUUCAUCUUGUGAAUUGUCAAGAAACAGUACAUGUGCUGAAGAGUCAGCUGCUAAUGGUCUGGUCUUAGCACAUGAGGAACUUGGAUAUCCACUCUAUGAUGUUUCUGGUGAAGGCAACCCUGUCAUUUCCACAGAAGAUUUAAAAGAAUGCUUGAAGAAACAAUUAGAGUUCUGUUUCUCACGUGAGAAUCUAUCCAAGGAUCUUUACUUGAUGUCUCAGAUGGACAGUGAUCAAUUUAUUCCAAUAUGGACUAUUGCCAAUAUGGAAGGAAUUAAGAAACUGACAACCAAUAUGGAUCUUAUUGUGGAAGUACUAAGAGCUUCUCCUAUAGUCCAAGUGGACGAGCAAGGAGAGAAAGUUAGACCAAAUCAUAAGCGUUGCAUUAUUAUCCUUCGUGAGAUCCCUGAAACCACACCAGUAGAGGAGGUAAAAGCACUGUUUAAGAAUGAAAGCUGUCCCAAAGUUAUAAGUUGUGAAUUUGCUCACAAUAACAACUGGUACGUUACAUUCCAGUCAGAUACUGACGCGCAGCAGGCUUUUAAAUAUUUACGGGAAGAAGUUAAAACGUUUCAGGGCAAGCCAAUAAUGGCCAGGAUAAAAGCCAUCAACACAUUUUUUGCAAAGAAUGGUUACCGGGUAGUGGAUUCCAAUGUUUAUGUUCAACCGGUUCAAACACAAGCACAGUUUGCCUCACCACUGUUCAUGCAGCCUAUAUACAGUCCUCAGCAGUACUCCAUCUAUAGUAUUGUGCCUCAGACAUGGUCUCCAAACCCUGCACCUUAUUUUGAAACACCCCUGGCUCCGUUUCCGAAUGGUGGAUUUCUGAAUGGCUUCAGUUCACCAGGUUCAUACAAGACAAAUACUGCAGCAUUGAGUAUAGGUCGCCCAUUCCAUAGAAAUCGCGUGAAGUCUCAUUUCCGGUUGGCAAAUAGCUCAGAACACUCAUCAGAAGGACCCUCCACACACAGUGCUGUCUCAGUAGGUGAUGGACACUUGCAUAGAACCACUUUACGGAAUUUUCAGCCAGAGCGGCAAACAAGUACACUAUCAGGACAUCAAGAGCCAAGCUACACACAGAAGGAGUCUCAAAUUACUCAUGUAGAACAAAAUGGUGAUUAUGGCAUGGGAAGAGGCAGAAGAAACCUUUUCAGAGGUCGGAGGAGACGGGAAGAUGACAGACUAUCACGACCUCAGGCUUCAGUUGAAACCAAGACUUUGACACCAAAGUUUGACUUGCUAGCCUCAAAUUUCCCUCCAUUGCCGGGCAGCAUGAUAAAAACACAAGGAGAUCCUGUUCUGGAGAAUAGGAUGUCAGAUAUAGUUAAAGGAAUAAGCAAAGAAAAGGAAAACAAAGAUUUGACAGUUACUUGUCUAACAUCCACUCAGGAAGAGCAGGGCCAAAGUGUUGUUCAGCCUGUCACGAAUGCCAGUUCUCCCUAUGGGAUUGAUCUUCCUGGAUUAAGUGCCACUCAGCAAGAGAAAAAAUUGGAAGAGGUUCAUGUGCACAAGGAGGCUGCAAGUCAGACUUCCCCACCUUCAUCUGUAUGCCCCCCCAGUACUGUAAAAUCACCGAGGACAAAUACCAUUUCAUCCACAACCAAUGCAAACCCAAUGCCUGCUGUAGUGAUACAGGAACCUCGGAAGCUCAGUUAUGCUGAGGUCUGUCAGAAACCUCCAAAAGAAGUACCUUCUGUUCCUGCUCAGCCACUUAGGGAGCUGCGUUCUAAUGUAACCUCCCCUGCCAAAACAGAAGAAAAUGGCACCCAUGAGAAGGCUGGAGAGAAGGCACAUGAAAAGUCUGAAGGACGGAUGAAUGACUUGGCUGUUUUCAGAGGCAAUGGGCCUCCCAAAGGAGCUGCAGGAAAAAUCAGGGAACAGAGGCGCCAAUGUGGACGUAGGUCUUCUCCUCAGGGAGCGCCUCGGCGAGUUGGCAAGGAACAGUAUAUGCCACCGCGAUCACCAAAGGAAAAUUGAUCAAACUUUUUAUUUAAUCAGAACUGUGAACUAAAGAGCAGUAGAGGAGAAACUGGCCAGCUCAGAGAAUAAAUAUAGGAAAAGUGGACAGUAAAUUGAAGAGCACAGGGUUUGCAAUGUGAGAGAGCUUAAAGGGAUCCCAAUAUUCAUCUCGAAGUGAUACAAAAUGCUGGAGAAAUAGAAUCAAUAUAAAUAUGAUAAAGAUUAUAAUUUUUGUAACUUUCUGUUUUUAAUUUCCUGUUUGAAUUAGAUUUUUGCAUUAAGAACUAGCUUAUUAAAGAUGAGGAACAAAUACACAUAUUAGCAUGUUUCUUACUUGAAGAGGGGGCAAAUAUUUUUUUUGGAAAAAAACUGUAAAAGUUAUAAAUUACUUCUAAAAAUCUAUUUAAGGUAUGGCUUGUAAGAUGACAUGUAUGCCAUUAAUGGCCUUGCAUUACAAUUCAGCCCCAAAACUGACAUGCUUGGUCAGUAUGAAUGAGUGUAGCCAUAUUACCUGUUAUGUCAUGAUUUAGUCACUGAUGAUAAUUGAUUGUACUACUGUAGGAUUUUGUGUUUUGGAAAUAUAGUCUUUGACUUUACUAAUUUUGGUCAGCUUUUAAAACUAUGAUUUUACUCUGGAGUAUGCAAACAGUAAGAUUAGUAAACAAGAAAUAGUGGGUAAGGUUUUAAUUUGUUCCAGCAUUUUCUCUAAUUAGGAUUAGCAUUUUUUUCCAUUGCUUUAAUAUUUUCUCUGAUCCUUUAUUACAGAAUUAAGCACAUCUAGCUGGAAUGUAGUUAUUCGGAUACUAAUGCACAACUAAAAAUAGGGAAUGUGAAACUUCAUAGUAAACAUUACCUUGGUGCAUUGAAUUGAGAUUUUCAACUUUUUAAUAUUCUCAAUUCUCUAGAAGGAGGUAAGAUAAUUUUGGGGAUCUGACUUCAGUUUAACAAAUAGAGUGGCCAACCUAGGGCCAUACUUUGAUAUACUGAAAACAACUUUUCUACUUGAAGGAAUUUCAAACUAUACCAGAAAUCAGGUUUUAUUUAAUGGGGAGACAAAACAAAGAUUCUUAAGUUUCCCUGUUUGAUAGAGCUGAUAACUGAAAAUUAACUUACUUUGGAGAAUAUUGGCAAGAAUAUUAGGAUAGAUUUAUGUUAAUUAGAAUAAGAAUGUGCAACAAACAGUGUGGUUUACAAGCUGAUGAUUAUAGAAUUUAAGAAAGUAGGACAAUUACAAAACAUUAAUCUUGCAAAAUCAACAUGCUAGACUUCAAAGUUCUGUAUUAAAGUGUUAGGGGAAAGUAUAUUGGAUUCUUUAGUUGGUAGCAAAUAAACAAAUUUAAAGACAUUAGUUGUAAACACUGGAAAACUCAGUUAUGAGAUACCACCAUGCAUUUUUAGUUUGUGUGUUAGUGAUAACUUUAAAAUGUCAGUGGCAGAUAAAUAAUUAACUGUGAAAAUGGUAAUCUUCUGAUUUUUCUUAGCCAGAAAACUUUUGGCAGUUUCUUAUUCUGUAGGCAUUCUCUAUCAAUGGCUUUGAGAACACUCAUAUCUAUUUUUUAUAUAUACAUACACACAUACAUACACACAUAUACAUAUAUACAUAUACAAAUAUAUAUGUGUGUGUGUGUGUGUGUAUAUAUAUAUAUAGUCAGAUUUGUCAUUUCUCUAACUUAUUCAGCUUGGCAAUCACUUUUUUUAUUUGAUUGAGAAGUGUAAAUGUACUUAAGGUAGUUGAUAUUCUUUUUCUAUGCAUGUUAUUAAUCAUUUCUCAUUUUGAAGUAACUGCUGGCCUUGGCAGACUACAUUAAAACAAAUAAUUGAUCACGUCUUUUAAGUACAAACCCACUUUGGUUUACUCAUAAUGCUAUUUUUGCUGAAUAUGACACAAAAGGUGAAGUACUUAAAAUGUUAGGAAUUCUGAAAAAUGUAUAAAUACUUCAUUUUAAAAGACCCAUAAUUCUGAUUAUUGCACUUGGAAUGGAAAAAAGGUUGAACUGCUAUACUGUACCGUACUUGUUUUUAGGAUAGAUAAAAGCACUGUGUCAUUGCAAACUAAAGAUGGAUUUGAAUUAACAGUUGCUGGGAGUUAUUUAAAAAUGCUUCCUCUUCAAGAAGAAUGCAAUUCUGUGGGAAGAUGCUACUUUAAAAGUUACUUGGCAAUGUAAGGAUGUGAAAUCUAACUCUGUUUAUAUGUCCAUGCUUGAAUGGAAUCUAGUAUUCAAAGACAGAUCAACUAAAUGUAAUUCUUUUCUUUACUGGAUAUUGAAGCAAACAUAGCUCACAGAUAUUUUUUUGUGAGGGAAAAAAUUGAUUGUGGGAAAGGAUGUGUUGUACAUCCUGAAGCUUAUGUCUGCGCAUGUGUGCUUUCCCCACACAAGUGGCUCUUGUGCAAUGUAUGUGUAAAGUGUGUAAAAGCAGCUUUUCCAAUGUCAGAUUAAUACCUUGGAGGGAUUUACAAAAACUGAAGUGUUUGAUAAGCGUUUCCUCAGUUAACAUCUUCUCCACUCUCCUCCAAUAUCCCUGUCUAUUUUGUUACCAUAAAUACCUAAAUCUGUAAAUUUAGAUAGAAGGAAUGACGAAGUAAAAAAAACAACCACCAUAUGCUAUAUGCUGUUAAUUGCAAUUACUUUUGAGUAACAAAGUUAUUUGGGCUAAUCAUUAUUCUCAGAGAGUGAAUUGGAUUUUCAUCAGUCUUCCCAUAUUACUUUAGAAAUGAGACAUAAUAAGUUUUUAGAUUCAAUGUCUGGGCAAUUUUACUAUCUUGCUGUAAGGAUGUGCAAUAUUGGCAGUGUUUGUUUUCUGCAUAGCUGUGCAUUAAAUGUAAAUGAGCAAAUCGACAUUGUUAAAACUGAAAGUUGAUAUAUUGACCAACUUGUAAAUCAUUAUCCUCUGUCUCGGCAAUGGUUGAAUGUAAAUGACAUUGACAGUAUGAUUUAUACUGGUAAAUGUAAUAAAAGGAGCAUUUUCAUUGUAAAUAUUGGAACAGCAGAGAUGAAGCUGAUGUUUGCAUUUCAUAGAGCAUCAGUGCCAAAACUAUCAACUAAGAGAACAGUUGUAUUUCCCUUUCAAUAGGUCAUCAUUGGACGUACAUGCCUUUUACCCUUAAACUUUUGAUGAAAUAUAAUAAUAUGCAAGAUGAUAACGAUCACAAUUACCUUUGUUUCCUGAACUUGUGAAAGGAGAUCUUCAUUAGCAGGAAAUUUUGGGUUUUUUACACAUUUUGUACACAUUCUGUAUCUUUAAUUUUAUUCAAUAAUUCUGAGCCAUGGUAUUGUACUUCUCUAAAAGGGAAAAGGAGAAGAUUCUCUGUGGGUGAAAUUUGUAUUUCUAUUUGUUUUCUCUACCCCCCCCCCCCAAAGUAGCUUGGAAAGUUGUGAUGCUGUUUUAACAGAUUAAAAUCAAACUCUUCUUAUUGACCUGAAGAUAUGGGCAGAUCAGUAGCAAUUAAGUGACUUAAGCAAUGCUUUACUAUAAUUUAAAUAGCUAUGGCCUUAUUACUUCGUCAGUAUCAGCUAAAUGUCUGAAUAUAUCCACUAUUUUUAUUGUCAUCAAGUGAACAUUCACUUGGGUAAAAAUUCCUGCUACAUGUGUACAGAUUAUUUUAAAUUUAUAAAAUGCUACAUUGUAUACUGAUAAAAAUGCAACAGAAAUGCACUUCGGGGUGGGGAUUGCUUAAACUUUUGUAAACUGUUGAUUACAAGAAAUAUGCAAUAGGUUUUUCUUUUAACUUUUGAUAUUUUCUUCUGAAACAUAAGAUCACCAUCAGUCUGUAAUGGUCUAUCAUGCUCUUGUGUGUAUGUGAGAAAGAAUCUAUUAUAUAGCAUUGGCUUCCUUUAGGAUGGUACCUCUGAUUUCCCUUCUCUUCCCCCCCACCCUUUUUUUUUGUUCUUUGGAUGAAGGUUAUUUGCAUCUUCAGCCCUCGACUCUUGAAGAGAUGGGAAUGAGUGUAUUAAUGUAGAUUUAAAAUUUAGCAUAGGAACUAAUCAGCCUCUGAACUAACCUGUUAACAACUUCAACACUUUUAUUUAAUGACUUUUUAAAAAAAUCAGUUAUGAAUAAAAUUUCCCUCAAAGAAAUUUCAAAUAUUAAGUGUUGGUGUGCAAAUGGCUUCUGUUUUUAAUAAACCAAACUACUCAGCUAUAUCUUUCCCCCAAAAAGUUUGACUUCUGUGCUACAUCUAGUCUGACUUAGCAGAGUGAUGGCUUCAUAUAUAUCUCAAUUAUUUGGCUUAUCUAUUUAUCAGUUUGGUUUAUUCCUGUUGUCAAAGCUGUCUAAUCCAAGAAAUUGUGUAAAGUAGGUUCAUGCUUAAUUGUUAAGAUUAUACAUGUAUUUGUAUUUGUUUUUGACAUUGCCAAGGUGCUAUGGGAAAUUGAAAUAACAGUUAGAAGGAAAUAAUAAAAGCCACCUUAAAAAAACAA